AACUGGAUAUUUAACAUUUUCUAGAAGAAAGGCGACAUGGCCUACAUCUUCAGUUUUGCAUCCCUACUUUUUGUAGUCUACACUACACUUGCCCUAGACCUCUACAGAUUAGGCCCUACAGUUACUCCAAGCCAUUAUGAUAUCGAAUUAACCCUUUUACCAGGAUUCGGUCCGAGCGCGUCAUUUUCAGGAAGUGUAGCAAUUAAAUUGAAAACUUCGGCAUUAGUUACACUGUUCGAUCUUCAUUCCAGCGGUUUGACUUAUAGUAGUUUAGAGCUUUACGAUACUGAUGACCCUACCCAAAGUAAUAGGAUAAUAGAUUAUAGCAUGAAUGAAACCUAUGGUGAUAAGCUUUGGAUUCAUUUAUCAGAAGAUUUAGUGGUUGGAAGAGAUUAUAUCCUUACAGCCAAUUAUACUGGAAUAUUGCACGAUGACAUGAGUGGAUUUUACAGAAGUUCGUAUAAAGAUGCCAAUAAAAAUACAAGAUGGCUUGCAACAACUCAGUUUCAGCCCACCUAUGCUCGAAAGGCUUUCCCAUGUUUUGAUGAACCGAAAAUCAAAGCCACCUUUCAAGUAUCCAUUAUUCAUCCUGAUGAUUUCAAUGCGCUGAGUAAUACGGCCAUAUCCUCUAGAAAAUUAUAUAACAAAACUUUGGGCCUAUAUAAAACAAGAUUCCGAAAAACCCCUAAAAUGUCCACAUAUCUGGUUGCGUUCGUUGUUUCCAAUUUUACCGGUUUAACCAAUUCUUCGACUAAUUAUGGGGUAUACGCCGCACCCCAUCUCCUUAACACUACCCAAACUGCAUUUAGUAUUGGUCCAAAGCUUCUUACAGAAAUGGAGAACUUCAUUAACUUGACAUAUUUAAGCUCCGGAAUUGGCAAACUGAAUCUGGUUGCUAUUCCCGACUUGCUGUUCGAUGGUAUGGAAAACUGGGGACUUAUCACUUACCGAGAGAUGAGGCUGCUCUAUAAUCCAGAGGAGUCACCACUUCAUGCAAGAAGGAAUCUUGCAGAAUUAACUAUGCAUGAAAUAUCUCAUAUGUGGUUUGGAAAUUUGGUGACUUGUGAUUGGUGGUCGUACUCUUGGUUAAAUGAAGGAUUUGCAACAUACUUUCAAUAUUUUGGAGCAGCAUGGGUUGAAACCGAUAUGGAACUCGAUAAAAUAUUUGUACUGGAACAAUUGCAACAACUCGCUCUUCCAAGUGAUGCUUCAAGUUCCUCAGAACCUCUUAAUUCAAAUGCUUCUACACUAAGCGAAAUCGACGAUAAAUUCGGUACAAUCAGUUAUAGUAAAGGUGCUUCGAUCGUCAGAAUGGUAAAACACAUCCUUGGAUACGAUAACUGGAGAUCAGGACUUAUAGACUAUAUAUCACAACAUCAAUUAGCAACAGGAACCCCCGACCAACUGUAUUCUGCGUGGUCAAAUUACUCUCAAUCCUUGCCCUCAGGAUUAUCAAUAUCGACUAUUUUAAGCAGUUGGGCCGAUGUAGGGGGGUUUCCUCUGGUGAAAGUAUCUUUAUCUGGAAAUAACGCGGUCAUAUCGCAGAAACAAUUUCUACUAGAUCCUUCGGAAUCAUCGAGCAAUGAAUGGUACGUACCCCUUACGUAUACCACCUCCCUUGAACGGAAUUUUGACAAUACAACACCGUCUCGUUGGUUGACACCAGGACAAGACGUAACGAUUUCGAAUAUCCUUCGAGGAGGAUCUGGAUGGGUGCUUUUAAAUCUUCAACAAACUGGAUAUUACCGAGUGACUUACGAUGACGAUUUAUGGUCCCAAUUAGCAAGAGGAUUACAAAAGGAUAAUUUCGACGGCAUCCCAGAUUUAAACAGAGCUCAAAUAGUAGACGACGUUCUAACAUUAGCAAGAGCCAGACAGCUUUCCUAUUCAGACGCUUUUAAUAUAAUUUCGUUCCUUUCAAAGGAUACAAGUCUUUAUCCAUGGUACUCUGCAUUCACGUCCUUUUCAUAUUUGAGAAGGAGAUUCCAAACGCAUGCUACUCUUGGAGCACCACUUAGGGAGCAUCUGUUGAAUCUAAUAGAUGCACUUUACAAGAACGUUUCAUUCGCAAGAAACCCUUCAGAACCUUACGCGAUUGUUCGAAAGAAAGCACGAGGAUUGCAGUUUGCUUGUGAACUAGGACACAGUGAUUGCGUACGAAAAGCACAGGACCUGUAUAGCUCCUUAAGGAAUAACAACAGAGCUGUCAAUCCGGAUGUAAGAACUGCGGUGUACUGUACAGCUUUGAGACAUUCUAAUGACUCUGGCGACUGGUAUUAUUUGUGGAACAAGCUAACGGAAGAAACUCUCGCUACAGAAGUUUUUAUAAUCGUAGAUGCUUUGGGAUGUUCCAGGAAUGAAAGUUUACUCAAUGAAUACAUGACCCUGGCUUUAAACACUUCGACUGGUAUACGAAGGAGCUACGUUAGUUCCGCGUUUUCAUCAAUUUGUGGAAGUAAUCCUGAAGGAGUCGAAGUCACUUUAAAUUACAUACAGGAAAAUUAUCAAAAGUUUAUUGAUUAUUCCAAUGAUACUUCACUAUUGUUAAGCGUUUUAUCUGAUGUAGCAAGCAGGAUGACCACCGAAACCCAAAUUCAAAAGCUGGAGUCAUGGAUUUCCGAAAAUUCAAACAGUUUGUCCGCUAUUUCGUCCUCAGUCCAAAGCUACAUAAGAAGUGCCAGAAAUAAUCUUGUUUGGGAUCGAGAAACUGCAGUUCAAUUAACCGAUUUCUACUGGCUCCUAAAGCCAAAGGUCUCAUGUUCGAUUCCCUUCAAAGGUUUGAUAAAGAGCACCAUUAUGGCCUACAUCUUCCAUUUUGCAUCUCUACUUUUGGUAGUCUACCCUACACUUGCGCAAGAUCCCUACAGAUUGGGGACCACGGUAUAUCCAACGCGUUAUGAUAUCGAAUUAACCCUUCUACCAGGAUUCGGUCCGAGGGCGUCCUUUUCAGGAAGAGUAGAAAUUGGUUUGGAAACUUUGGCAUUAGUGACAUUGUUUGAUCUUCAUUCCAGCAGUUUAACUUAUAGUAGUUUAAAGCUGUAUGACACUCAAGAUCCUUCUCAAAGUAAUCUGAUAGUCGAUUAUAGGUUGAAUUCAACUUAUGGUGAUAAGCUGUGGAUUGAGCUAUCAGACAAUUUAGUGGUUGAUAGGGAUUACAUCCUUUCAGCCACUUAUACUGGAAUAUUGCAUGAUGAUAUGUAUGGAUUUUACAGAAGUUCGUACAAAGAUGCCAACAGAAAUACAAGAUGGCUUGCAACAACUCAGUUGCAGCCCACCUACGCUAGAAGAGCUUUCCCGUGCUUUGACGAACCAAACAUAAAAGCCAGGUUCGAAAUAUCCAUUAUUCAUCCUCAAGAUGUUCAUGCCCUUGGUAACACGCCCAUAGUCUCUAGAGAAAUAUAUAACCGAAGUUUGGGCCUAUAUAAAACAACAUUCCGACAAACUCCUCAAAUGUCAACGUAUCUGGUUGCGUUCGUUGUAUCCGAUUUUAGCGGUUUAACCAAUUCUUCGAUUAACUACGGGGUAUACGCUGCACCCCCUCUCAUUAACACUACCAGAUUUGCACUUGAUAUCGGCCCAAAGCUCCUUAGACAAAUGGAGAACUUUAUUAAUUUGACAUAUUUAAGCUCCGGAAUUGGUAAACUGGAUCUGGUUGCUAUUCCGGACUAUGCAAUGGGAGCUAUGGAAAAUUGGGGACUUUCUACUUUCAAUGCAAUUGAACUGCUAUAUGACCAACAAGAGACGUCAACUCAUAGAAGAAGAACCAUCCCGGAAAUGAUUAUGCACGAAACAACACAUAUGUGGUUUGGAAAUUUGGUAACUUGUGACUGGUGGUCGUUCACUUGGCUAAACGAGGGAUUUGCGACAUAUUUUGAAUAUUUCGGAACAGCAUGGGUCCAAACCGAAAUGGAAUUGGACAAAAUAUUUGUACUGGAACAAUUACAAGUCGCUUUUCCAAGUGAUGCUUCAAAUUCGUCUGCACCACUUAACUCAAAUGCUUCCACACUAAGCGAAAUCAGCGAUAAAUUCGGUACAACUAGUUACAGUAAAGGUGCUGCUAUCAUUAGAAUGGUAAGAUACAUCCUUGGAUACAAUNGUUACAAUUUUAGUCAAUUAGCAACAGGAACCCCCGACCAACUGUAUUCUGCGUGGUCAAAUUACUCUCAAUCCUUGCCCUCAGGAUUAUCAAUAUCGACUAUUUUAAGCAGUUGGGCCGAUGUAGGGGGGUUUCCUCUGGUGAAAGUAUCUUUAUCUGGAAAUAACGCGGUCAUAUCGCAGAAACAAUUUCUACUAGAUCCUUCGGAAUCAUCGACCAGUGAAUGGUACGUACCCCUUACCUAUACCACCUCCCUUGAAAAGAAUUUCAACAACACAACACCGUCUCGUUGGUUGAUACCAGGACAAAACGUAACAAUUUCUAAUAUCCUUCGAGGGGGAUCCGGUUGGGUGCUUUUAAAUCUUCAACAAACUGGAUAUUACCGAGUGACUUACGACGACCAAUUAUGGUCUCAAUUGGUAAACGGAUUGCAAAAAGAUAAUUUCGACGGUAUUCCAGAUUUAAACAGGGCGCAAAUAGUAGACGACGUUUUAACAUUAGCAAGUGCCAAACAGAUUUCCUAUUCAAAGGCCUUUAAUACAAUUUCGUUCCUUUCAAAUGAUACCAGCUAUUAUCCAUGGUACUCUGCAUUCACAUGGUUCUCAAGCUUGAGAAGAAGACUCCAAUUCCAUCCUACCGUUGGACCACUAUUUACGGGUCAUCUAUUGACACUAAUGAACUCAAUUUACAACAGCGUUUCGUUCGCAAGGAAUUCUUCAGAAUCGUACGUAAAUGUACGCAGAAAAGUAUACACAUUGUUCUGGGCUUGUACUCUAAGGCAUCCUGACUGCAUACAAAAAUCACAGAACCUGUAUAGUGCUUUAGUAAACAACAACACACCUGUCAACCCUGACGUAAGAAGUGUGGUGUACUGUACAGGUUUGACAUAUUCUAAUAACCCUGCCGACUGGUAUUACUUAUGGAAUAAAUUAACACGAGAAUCUCUCCCUUCCGAAAUCAGUCUUAUUAUAGACGCCUUGGGAUGUUCCAGGAACGAAAGUUUACUCAAUGAGUACAUGAACAAUGCUUUAAACUCUUCAAAUGGUGUAAUACGGAAACACGAUGUUAGUUCAGCGUUUUUAGCAAUUUAUUCAAGUAAUCUCGAAGGAAUCAAUAUCACGUUAAAUUACAUACAGAACAAUUAUCAAAAGAUUAUUGAUUAUUUUGACGGUACCUCAACAUUGCUGGGUAUUUUAUCUGAUAUGGUAAACAGGAUGACCACCGAAAGUCAAAUUAGAAAGCUGGAGUCAUGGAUUUCCGCAAAUUCAAACAGUUUAUCAUCUAUUUCAUCCGAAGUGCAGAGCUACAUUGCGAAUGCAAGAAGUAAUCUAGCGUUGGAACAACAAAUUGCGACUGAAUUAUACAAUUUCUUUAAUUCAUCUUAGAAUUCAUCAUCUUAAGUAAUACAUGU